UCCUCGCCCACCACCCUCCGACCCAGUGACCCCUGUGUAUUGCCACCGACUCCCUCGCGCUCUUGACUCGUGCUACAAUGGAAUCGGUUGUACUGGAAACAAGCAUGGGGGAUAUCCAGCUGGAAUUGUAUUGGGACCACGCACCUCGAACAUGUAAGAACUUCGCCGAGCUUGCGAAGCGCGGGUACUACAAUGGGGUCGUCUUUCAUCGGAUCGUCGCCGACUUCAUGAUACAGACAGGCGACCCAACCGGUACAGGCCGCGGGGGAACGAGUAUCUAUGGCCAAAAAUUCGAGGACGAGAUUCAUCCAGAGCUCCGCUUUACCGGGGCCGGCAUCUUGGCAAUGGCCAACUCAGGGCCUAACACCAAUGGAUCACAAUUCUUCAUAACGCUCGCGCCGACGCCAUACCUAGACAACAAGCACACUAUCUUUGGCCGCGUUAGUGCGGGAAUGCGCGUUGUGCAAAGACUUGGCGCAGUUGCAACAGAUGCGCAAGAUCGCCCCCGGGAGGAUGUGAAGAUAUAUAAAGCACGAACGAUUUGAGUCGCUUCUGGUGGUUGACGUCUCUCCGCCGCUACCCCGCAUGGAAGCCACAGCACGUCUGUAGGGUCUAUGGUGGGUUCCUGCUUCCCCGCCUUGCUGUUUCCGACGUUCGAAGGUUCUACGGCCUCUGUAAUCGCCCAUUUGUAUGGACAUGGGUCUCUGCAUCCGCAACUGGACAGGGCGCGAGCCUUCGGGGACAUGUAUGUUUUUACCGGUACCUGUGCAGGAUAUGUGCCGUAAGACGUCCUAUAUAUCUCAGGCGCAGCAACACACUCCCGCGCCUCCUCG